AGUUCAUUCCUUCGAGCAAAACAGUAGCACAACCAACAACCAACUCUAGCAAAAAUGUUCAAAGUGUGCAUUGCUUUUGCUGCUCUGAUCGCGGUGUCGAUCGCGUACGAAGACUACCAUUCGCAUCCGAGCUACAAGUUCGAGUACGGAGUAAAGGAUCCGCAUACCGGAGACCACAAGAGCCAGUGGGAACAUCGGGAUGGUGAUGUCGUCAAGGGAGCUUACACGCUGCAUGAGGCUGACGGUACGGAGCGAAUUGUCGAGUACUCGUCGGAUAAGCAUAACGGAUUCCAGGCUCACGUGAAGCGCGUUGGACAUGCUCAUCAUCCGGAAGUGUACGGACAUCAAGGUGGCUAUGAAGGAUCAUAUGGACAUGGUUACGGUCACAGUUACAGCAAGCUCUCCAAGUACAACUAAGGACUCCAUCUCGAUGUUCUCUGUUUUAGUUUGAAUAAAUUAUCUGGCAAAGUCUUUAAAUCAAAUCUAUCAUAUUG